AUGGAGACUGAAACACAUUUAUCUGACAAAUAUGACACAAACCGCUGGAGAGAUGUUAGAAAGUCUUCAGUGAAACUGAUCCAAAAGGCUCGACUUUGGGACUGUGGACUCUCAGAGACUCACUGUGAAGUUUUGGCCUCAGCUCUGAAGUCCAACCCUCAUCUGACAGAUCUGGACCUGAGUCUCAACAAACUGUCUGAUUCAUCAGUGAAGCGUCUGUCUGCUGGACUGGAGAGUCCAAACUGUAGACUGGAGACUCUGACAUUGUGGCGCUGCAGUUUGUCAAAGAUCAGCUGUGAUUAUCUGGUCUCAGCUCUGAAGUCCAACUCCUCCCAUCUGAGAUAUCUGGAUCUGACCUGGAACAGCCUGAAGGAAUCAGACGUGAAGCAGCUGAUUGAUCUUCAGCAGAGUCCAGACUGCAGACUGGAGACUCUGAGCUGGGGGUCAUGCUCUCUGUCAGAGUGAGAGUGAACAUCCAGGAGUGUUGAGAGAGGAUCAGCUGGAUCCUGAUGAUCCAUCUGGAGUCUGGAUCUGGAUUUUGUCGUCUUCGCUUAAGUCUCUUAACUGACUCCAAACUGAACAGUUAUCUCUGGAUUUAGCUGAAGUCAGCACUUUACAGAUUAGUUCUACAUGAGCUGUUUGAUGCAGAAAAGAUAAAAACAGGUGUUAUAAGUCAGACUGUGAGCCUUGGCUCAUAUUUAUCAAGCGUCUCAGAAUCACACUGAGAGUUAACGAGGACUAAAACUAAUGAAUGAAGCAGAAGAGAAUUGACUGUGACUUUCAGCAGGAGAAGGAUUACUGCUGGGAGAGAGUGAGACGUGGCUGUUUUACCACAGUCAGAGCAGCAGAGUAGAAAUAAUGAUGACGUGUUGUAGUUUUCUCACAGUCUCAGCUGGAAAUAUUAAACAGGGGUCAUUUGGUAUAUUAUGUGUAUAGACAGGUAACCAGGCAGGUAACUUACCAAGGUUAUGGAACAUGCAGGUCAAAUCAUAUCCUGCUUCUGUUCAUAACAACAUCAAGCUUGUGCUGAACAACUUUGUAUUUAUUGAUUCCAGUCUAAGUUUUGAUGAUCAUAUCAGCAGCUGGUCCAGUCCUGUUUCCACCAUUAAAACAUAUUAAAAUAAUAUCUAUAAAACUAACACAGAACACUGCUGCUGUCACACUUGAACUCAAACCAGGAACAGAGAUCAUAUUGUUAAAGUAAUGAAACAUCAGAUGGUUGUUUAUCAUUUGUCAGGAGGAAAAUGAACAAGUUGAAAUAAGUGAGAGUGAAAAUAUUGUGGAGGAAAUGUGAGCCUGUUAACAAAGCUUCAGCUGUGAUGGUAAGCUCCUCCCCAACUGCUCCCAGCUGUGUUUAAUGUUAGAACAAUGACACAAGAUGGGAUCCAUCCCAGCAUGCAUCAUAAGAGCUAGUAACGUCUUCAUGCUGGU